AUGCCUUCCCAAGUUCUCGACAUCAAGCAGUUCAUUGAGAUCUGCCGCCGCAAGGACGCUUCCUGUGCGUUUUCCGUGAAUUGGAGCAAGACCUCCGCCCAGCAGAUCAAGUUCAAGGUCCGCUGCAACCGCUACCUCUACACCCUCGUCCUCAAGGACCAGGACAAGGCCGAGAAGCUGAAGCAGUCUCUUCCCCCUGGUCUUACCAUCACCGACGCCCCCAAGAAGAACCAGAAGGGCAAGCGCGUCGCCAAGUAA